AUGGGUGAUGAAUUACCUGUUACAUCUUUAGUUUUACCAGUUCUUAUACGUCCCGUAUUAACUCAAUUAGAGAAAUAUGAUUUGGGAGCUUCUCAGACGCUCCGUGCUGCGCUCACAAAGGCUGAAGCAGCAGUGCCAGGUCUUAAUUAUGAUUUAGUGGCAGGUAUUAUGAGAAGGGCUGAUAUCCCUGUCAAUAUGAACGAGAGUCUGUUGCGGUUGCAGGGGACACUGACAGAGGCUGAAUGUGCUGAUCUGAGGCUGAAUAGAACUGAGGAAGCAUUCCAGGAACUAAACAAAAAAUCUACAGCUUUAAAAAAGAUUUUAAGCCGUAUUCCAGAUGAAAUUACAGACAGAAAGACAUUCUUAGAGACUAUAAAAGAAAUAGCUUCAGCCAUUAAGAAGCUUCUUGAUGCUGUCAAUGAGGUGUCAACAUAUACCCCCGGUGCUGGAAAGCAAGUUCUGGAACAAAGGAAGAGAGAGUUUGUCAAAUAUUCCAAGAGAUUCUCUAAUACUUUGAAGGAAUAUUUUAAAGAAGGACAAGCCAAUGCUGUGUUCGUGAGUGCUCUGUACCUGAUACAUCAAACAAACCAAAUCCUAUACACUGUUAAAAGCAAGUCUGAGUAA